CCGACCCCUGAACAAGGAAGAAUUAGCCACCAUCACCAACUCGAGAUCGAUCGACCGGCGCGGCGCAACAAUGGCGUUGCUCGCCGAGUACAGCAGCCAGGAGCUGCUCCAGGCGGAGCUCCAGCUCUGGCACCAGUCCCUCGGCUUCUUUAAGUCCGUCGCGCUCGCGGUCGCUCUGGACCUCCGCGUCGCCGACGCCGUGCACCGCCUCGGCGGCGCCGCCACGCUGCCGCAGAUACUCGCCGAGGCCGGGGUCAGCCCGUGCAGGCUCCGCGACUUGCGCCGCGUCAUGCGCGCGCUCACCGUCUCGGGCAUCUUCAGCGUCCACCGGCCAGGCGAGGCGCCGCCGGCGGCAGAACACGCCAGGCACGACGACGCCGCGGUCUACAAGCUGACGGCAGCCUCCCGCCUCCUCGUCAGGGACAAGAGCUCCACGGCGGGGGUCGGGGGCCAGCUGCCUCCUUUCCUGACCGUGCAGCUCUUGCUCGGGCCGUGCCGAGAAUCCCCGGUCAGCAGGGGCAUGCGCGCGUGGUUCCGGCAGAAGGAGGACCACCACCACCAGCAGCAGCAGCAGCCGGCCGGCGCCGGUCUGUCCCCGUUCGCCCUGGCGUACGGCGGCCAGACGGUCUGGGAGAGAGCGGAGCGCGACGCCGGCCGGUUCCGGUUCGACGACGCCAUGGCCUCGGACACCGCCUUCCUCAUGCCGAUCGUCCUCAGGGAGUGCGGCGAGGUCUUCCGGGGGCUAGCCUCCCUCGUCGAUGUCGCCGGCGGCCUUGGCGGGGCCACUGCCGCCGUAGCGGCGGCAUUCCCGGAUCUCAAGUGCACCGUGCUGGAUCUCCCCCAGGUUGUCGCCAAAGCCCCCUCCGGUGCCGACGUGCGGUACGUUGCCGGUGACAUGUUUGAGAGCAUUCCACCGGCGAACGCUGUGUUCCUCAAGUGGAUUCUGCACGAUUGGGGCGAUAAUGAGUGUGUCAAGAUACUGAAGAACUGCAAGCAAGCUAUACCACCACGGGAUGCAGGAGGAAAGGUAAUAAUCAUAGAUAUGGUGGUCGGAUCUGGGCCGUCAGACGUCAAGCACGUAGAGACACAAGUUUUGUUUGACCUCUUGAUCAUGAAUAUCAAUGGGGUUGAGCGCGAUGAGCAGGAGUGGAAGAAGAUUUUCGUUGAGGCUGGAUUUGAGGACUACAAAAUUAUACCUGUUCUCGGUGUCCGAUCUAUCAUAGAGCUGUAUCCUUGAAAGCUUUGUCAACAAAGAAGUGCUGAAUAAGUGCACCUGCCCUACGAAAAAGGGUGUGUAAAGCGUGGUUUGUUGGUUGUUACCAUGGUAUACUUGUCUUCUUUGAUGUGGACUGAAGUCUACACACAUGAUCUUU